AUGGCAGCCAACACGAACCUUCCCCCUGACCAAAGAUAUACACGUUUAGAAAAACUUGGUGAAGGUACCUACGCUACAGUUUUCAAAGGCAAAAGCAAGGUAACUGGCGAGAUUGUUGCCUUGAAAGAGAUUCACCUGGACCCAGAGGAAGGAGCACCUUCCACAGCCAUCAGAGAAAUCUCCCUCAUGAAAGAACUUAAACAUCCCAACAUUGUACGUCUUCAAGAUGUGAUCCACACAGAAAACAAAUUGACCUUGGUGUUCGAAUUCAUGGACCAAGAUUUGAAAAAGUUUAUGGAUUCAGCUGCGCGUUCUACCUUGGGAGCCUUGGAUGCCACCACCAUCAAAUCAUUCAUGUACCAAUUGCUUCGAGGCAUCGCUUAUUGUCACGAAAACCGUGUAUUGCAUAGAGAUUUGAAGCCACAGAAUUUAUUGAUCAAUAAGCACCACCAACUCAAAUUGGGUGAUUUUGGUUUAGCUCGUGCAUUCGGUAUUCCAGUCAACACAUUCUCAAAUGAAGUAGUUACGCUUUGGUAUCGUGCACCUGAUGUAUUACUGGGCUCUCGCAUGUAUUCGACAUCAAUUGAUAUCUGGUCUGCUGGAUGUAUUAUGGCUGAAAUGUACACUGGAAGACCACUGUUUCCUGGCACAACCAACGAAGAUCAACUGCUCAAGAUUUUCCGUUUGAUGGGAACACCCAAUGAACAAACAUGGCCCAACAUUUCUCAAUUGCCUGAAUACAAGCCUGCUCAGGUAGUCUAUCCACCUCAACACAUAUCACAGUUCUUACCCAACAUCGAUGCCAGUGGGUUGGACUUAUUAAAUCGAAUGUUACAGUACCAGCCUCAGAUGAGAAUCAGUGCCAAAGAUGCACUGAACCACACUUACUUUAAUGACAUUAGAUACUUGUUCACUGACUGA